CAGCAGUCUUGGCGAGCGUAGGGCACAAAUCAUUUCUAGAAGGAAAGCGAAUAGGUCGAGCUGUCGAGGAUCAGACUCUGUUUCCUCCGUUUCUUUGUCUCCUUUCUCUGUCAAAUUCUACUCUGCAACUAUAAAUUCUGGUUCUAUUUUUUUGCUACUUUGUUUAGUUUUUCCCUUUGUAUCUGACCAAUGGGGAGGAUGGGAUAUCUGUUAAUGAGAACUGAUCCGGCGACGAGUGAGUUGAUCCAUUCCGAUCUGAAGGAGGUGGGCAAUGCCGUGAAGAAGCUCGCCAAUCAUGCCGUGAAGUUGGGAGGUCUAGGUUUUGGGACUUCCUUUCUUGAAUGGUUGGCUUCCUUUGCUGCGAUUUACCUAUUGGUAUUGGAUCGAACAAACUGGAGGACGAACAUGCUGACUUCACUUUUAGUUCCUUAUAUUUUCUUCAGUCUUCCUUCAGUAUUGUUCAACUUCUUCAGGGGGGAGGUUGGAAAAUGGAUUGCCUUUAUUGCAGUUGUGUUACGGCUUUUCUUCCCACGGCACUUUCCAGACUGGCUGGAGAUGCCUGGAUCUUUGAUUCUUCUUCUGGUUGUGGCUCCAAACUUCUUUGCGCACACCCUGAGGAGCAGUUGGGUCGGCCUCAUGAUAUGUCUUGUCAUUGGGUGUUAUCUAUUACAAGAGCACAUCCGUGCAUCUGGUGGGUUCAGGAAUUCCUUCACACGGAGCCAUGGUAUCUCGAACACACUGGGGAUUAUCAUUUUGCUGGUGUAUCCUAUCUGGGCCUUGGUACUCCUCAUCCUCUAAUCCUUCCAAACAGA